ACAAAAUAUCCAAAUUAAUAAAACCCCAAAAAGAAAUAACAAAUAAAACCCCACAGUCGUUUCAAAUAUAGGAGAUGAUUAUUAGUUUAUUUGUUUCCAAUGAUUGACCAACAAAUACCCCCCAAAAAAUAAAAAUAAAACAAAACAAUUCCCACAAAUCUCUCUCUCUCUCCCUCCUUUUUAUAUAAAGAAAGCUCAUCUCAUUUCAUCAGAGAAGAAAAAAGAAAAAGAGAAAACGUAGCUAAAAACCAUGAAGCCGAUAAACAGUGAAACUAACAACAACAACUGGUUGGGGUUUUCUCUUUCUGCUCCGACCACCAUGGACGGCGGCGGCUCAGCCGAUCAGCACCAGGCCCCUAUCUCCUCCGCCGCCGUCUCUAACGCCGUCCCUUUGAAUUACUCCGCCGGUUUCACCUACCCUCAGGGAAUCUACUACGGCGUCGACGGCGAGAAUGCCGCUGCAUUCUACUCCAAUCUGACCGUUAUGCCCCUCAAAUCCGACGGCUCCCUCUGCUUGAUGGAAGCCAUCAACAGAUCCCAGCCUCAUGGGGUACCGAAGCUCGAGGAUUUCUUCGGUGGGGCCCACGGACAGUACGAGGGCUGCGACCGGGCCAUGGCCCUCAGCCUCGACAGCAUGUACUACCACCACCAACACCAGGUCGCCGCCGACUACCCCAACUUUCCGGCGAUGUACCACCACCAGACGCCGGCGGACGAGGCGGCGCCCAAGGAUCGCGGCGGCCUCCACCCGCCGCCGCCGGCGGCGGGCGAGGUGAAGGGAUGGGCUGCCGCCGAGAACUACCCGAGCGGCGGCGGCGGCGGCGAUAACGUGGCGGUGGGCGGGUACGGAGACCUGCAGUCGCUGAGCUUGUCUAUGAGUCCCGGUUCACAGUCGAGUUGCGUGACCGGUUCACAGAGCCACGUGGUCCAACCGGCGGUUGUUGACUGCAUGGGUUUGGAGAAUAAGAAGAGGGGACCGGAGAAGGUUGACCAGAAACAGAUUGUUCACCGAAAGUCCAUUGACACUUUCGGCCAGAGGACUUCUCAGUAUAGAGGUGUUACCAGGCACAGGUGGACAGGGAGAUACGAGGCACAUCUAUGGGACAACAGUUGCAAGAAAGAAGGUCAAAGCAGAAAGGGAAGGCAAGGGGGUUAUGACAUGGAGGAAAAGGCAGCAAGGGCAUACGACUGUGCAGCACUCAAAUAUUGGGGACCUUCCACUCAUAUUAAUUUUCCGCUCGAAAAUUAUCAACAAGAACUUGAAGAUAUGAAGAACAUGAGCAGACAAGAAUAUGUUGCUCAUCUCAGAAGGAAGAGCAGUGGGUUCUCUAGGGGAGCUUCAAUUUACAGAGGAGUCACAAGACAUCAUCAACAUGGCCGCUGGCAAGCCCGUAUUGGCCGUGUGGCCGGAAAUAAGGAUCUUUACCUCGGCACAUUCAGCACUCAAGAGGAAGCAGCCGAGGCAUAUGACGUGGCGGCCAUCAAAUUCAGAGGCGCAAAUGCCGUUACCAAUUUCGACAUAUCACGUUAUGACGUGGAGCGCAUCAUGGAGAGUAACGGGCUUCUCUCGGGCGAGAUGGCCCGAAGGACAAAAGGCCCAAUUAUCCCGUGCGGCCCAAACAAUUCCCUCGGCAACAAUUUCCCUAACAAUCCCGAGAUGGAUCAAAUGAAGGAAGUCCCCAACUCGUCUGAUUGGACUAUGGCCCUCUACGGCUCGGCCCAUGAGAAACAGGGGAACUUCGGGCUUGAUGUCUUUGGGCCGGGCCAGCAGGAGCUGUGUGGGCCCGGGAAGAUGACUGGCCAAGUGUCCACUAACUCUUCCCUUGUGACGAGUCUGAGCAGCUCUAGGGAGGGAAGCCCGGAUAGGAAUGUUGGCGGCCCAGUUCAGAUGCAGUUUGGGCUGCCCGGGCCGCUUGCAUCGAAAUUCUUUCCUUGCCCGUCGGGCAGCGAAGCGGGGCCCAAUUGGAUGCCGUCGGGCCACGUGAGGCCUCAGGUGCCUCUGUUUUCUGCGUGGACCGACUCUUGAUGAUGAUGAUGUAUUUUACUAUGUUAUGUGUAGUUUUUUUUCAUGUGGGGCGAAGAAAAUUUUAAUGUAUGCUGAUGCUGUAAGAGAAUCAUGGUUGGUUGGUUUAUUCGUUUGUUUUGGUGGGGGACUAGACUAUUGU